GGCGCCCCGGGGUGCCGGCGGAUCGCCCAGCCCUCUCCCGCCCGGGGGGGGAAAGCGGCAGUGCUCAUGGCGACGUGGCGGGGUGUCCUCGGCCUCCUCUGCCUGCUGCCGGCGGCCGUUUUGGGUGAGGAUUGUCGGGCAUACAUUGAUUACAAUGGCAAGGCACAACCCGCAAAAUCCUGUCUCAACUUUUGCUGUGGAGAUUGCACGCAUCGAUACUGUUGCUCUAAUGUCAUCUUAGAAUUUGAUGAACAACAACAACUUCAGUGUGAUCUGCUUGAUGGAAGGACCUCUGACUCAAGCAAUGUAAAUUACAUGCAGUUUUUUUCAGACCCUGAUGAUUACAUUUCUUCUGGCCCCAGUUUUGGAACCCUUGUUGCGAUUGGAGUUACUGUUUGUGCAGUGAUUGUAAUUACUAUUAUUCUGUGCCUCACCUGUUCAUGUUGCUGCUUGUAUAAAGCGUGUCGGCGACCACGGCCUGUUGUGACCGCCACUACUUCCACUACGGUGGUUCAUGCUCCCUAUCCCCAACAGGGAGUGCCACCCAACUACCCAGUAGCCCCAUAUCAAGGUUAUCAGCCUGUGGCUAUCCAGCCCCAACCGGGAAUGCCGGUAGCACCAUACCCUGCUCAGUAUCCUCCCCCUUACCCCAUGCAGCCAUCGGGACCCCCAGCUUAUCAUGAAACGGUGGCAGCUGGUGCUGGAGCACCUUACCCAGUCAGCCAGCCCCCUUACAACCCUGCUUAUGUGGAUCCUCAGAAGCCCACCUAUUGAAAAGAUCUUCUACUAUGCUUCUGCAUACAAAACUUUUUAAAGUAUAAUUUGUGCUGUUUACACUGUGCAACUGUAAUAUAUUUUUCUGGAAGACGGUAAUCUUUUGUCUAAGUAAAGUGAAAGUUAAAUCAGUAUCUUUUAUUUUUAAAUGCUUCAAGUACGAGGAAGGAGUAUUUUUCUUGCAGAAGUUAAUUUAUACCUCAAGCAAAUACAAAAAGAGAUAUUGUUCUAUAUACAAUGAGAAAAGCAUGAAGAAGGAGUACUUCAGAAAUAAGAACCACAAUAACAUUUGCCGUGCAAUAAUUUUGAAAGGAGUGGUCUAAUAUGAGCAUUAUCAAACACCCAAAACUGUAGCAAUCUUUUGCACAGUAUUAAAACAUAAAAACUUAAUCUAAAAAACUACCUGAUACAUGUUAUGUAUGUUCUGCCUGUUUUGAAGCUACUAUUGUUAGGUAAGCUACAAUGUAAUACAUUUCAUUUACCAUUCAAAAGGGAAUUUUCCGAUUUUUGAAACAUAUUUGCCUUCAGUAAGGGGUAGCAAACCAUGUUUAAUUGUUUUUGGACCAGUUGUAUUCUUCUGUGCUGAAUAGCAUGAGUUGAUAAUUUCCUUAUUUUCUUUACCAAUUUUAAGGCUUAAACUAUGCCUUCAUUGGGUGUUUUCUCAGGCCAUUUUAAUUUAUAGCUAAAAAUUAACAACAAAACCAAACUCUCUGCCACUUAGUAGGACAAAUAGAUCAAAAGCUGAAAAUAUGAGAAUUCUUUAUAAAAAUUAUUGGGCAAGUAUUUGUUGUCCCAAGUAUUAUUGGACAAGUUUACUUAUAUGUUGUUUGUAAGAAAUUCAUAUGAGUUUGUAAGAAAAAAAUAGCACCUUAGUCAUAUGUUAAGCAUCAGUACCUGCCAGUGUUCAGUCCUGCCUCAAUAUAGGGAAGGAAUUUAUUUUACAGGAGAGAUGGGAUGUCAGAAAUAGUUUGGGGUUUUUAAAUGCUUAGGGUUUGUCACUGUCUGUCUCUAGUGGGAACUGUAGAUGGCAGGAACCUAGGGAUGAUAGAUCUUUAUAAACUCAGUCUGCAUUUGAAUUAUAAUAUGCGGAGGGGGGAUAAGAAAUCGCAGCCCAAUACACAGAUUAAACCUCUCUUUUGUCUUCAACAUUCCCAUAAAGCUGAGCGAAGAAUGAGAAGUCAGGAAAAGGAAGAGUGGUAGGAUUUGGUCACAGCGAGGUAAUGUAUUUUCAAGAAGGUAGUGCUUGCAGUCAUGAAAAGUCUUGAGAUAUCCUCGUGACUUACUGGUGUUUGCAAGGCUUUUGGCUCUAUACACCUUAUUGAUCAAACGAAUCAUGAUUUUUUUUUUUUUGGUGUCCUCUACAAUUCUAUCUCUUCUAGCAUUGAAAUACAAUUUGUUAUUCCUCAGUAGAGCUAUCUAGUCUGUAUGUGUCACUGUGACAUAAUUAGUGAAAUAAUUUUCACAUAUAUCAUAUACUGAUUUUACUUUUUUAGAGAGACCAUUAAGCAAUUUGUCCUGCGACUCUACAUUUUUGGGGUGUAGUACUGUUUGAAAAACAUUAAUGGUGGCAUUGUUUUACCUCAUGGUGGAUGGAAACUGCUGCUGUCAAAGGCAGCCUUAUUUCUCUUCCUGAUUUCUGAGUCUAUUUCUAGGUUAUUCCAAUUCUUUUUUCAAGAAAGUCUGAAGGGCAUUUCAGAAGCAGCUUGUAGAAAGUUUUUAGCACUGGGAUUCAUGACAACCUGUGCCCCUCCGUUACACCUCUCUGAGUGUUGUAGUUAAUAAUAGCAUUAAAUGGUGCCAAGAGGCACGCGGAGAGCUUGCGUGCCCUGUAUCUGUGUGUUCCUCCUCUUUCCUGCCUUGUAAGCUGAGGAAUUGGGCAAUGCUUCAUUAUACUGUUAAGAGUUAUGUGAGAACAACCACAAAUGGACAGUGUCUCUUGUGUGGAGGAUGAAGUGUUUCCCUAGAAAUCUGAAAUUUUUAUGUGCGGGAGGGCAUUGAAUAACUGCAGAAAUAAUUCCCUUGCUAUAGAUCCUACCCCUGUGUGUUUCUUCAUAUAGAAGGAGGGCAGAGACUAUUCCGGGACCUUUGUUAGCCAGCUGCACGGAUGGAGUGUGGCCGGUGAGAUGCAGCCAGCGAGCACAGCUGCCGCGCAGCUCUCGGAGCACAGGUAUAGUGUUCUAGUGUUGGGCUUCACAAGGUUGCGGCAGUGUUAGUAGGGUUACGUUUUGGUUAGGAAAGGAAAAUCUGCAAUUUCAGAAGUCGGCUCAGGCAUCUGCCAUCAUCCCUGAGGAAAAGACUGUAGGAAAUGAAAGUGACAACAGUAACAGAGGUCCCCAAAUCUGGAGUUUUGGUGUAAUGUUGUACAAACCAGAUAAAUUGCCCUGAGCACCACUGUAUGUGGAGAUGAGGGAUAGGGUUAAGGAGCCUGAAUUUACACCUUGCCUUCAGCGAACGUAUGCUAAUGAUAACUAUACACAAGUGAAGAGAGGAAUCGUUAAUGCACAAGGAACUACUUUAGUAGUAGUGUUACAAAACUCGUUGAAAGAAGAGAAAAUGGUCCACUUCAUAAUUAGAGCACUUAAUCAAAUUGUUUCUUAUUGUUAGUGUAAUCAUCAUUAACAAUAAGGCAUAGGACCAAAUUUUAUGUAGUUGUUGCCAUGCAACCCGUUGAAACUUGUUUUCAUAUAGUUAAGAGAAUGGGAUGGUUAUAGAAAAGAUGGAGAAAUGUAUCCAUAAACUGCUGAUGUGUCAGUCCAAGUAGCCGUUGCCUUCAUGUCAAACUGGUGAUCCACAGUGCCGUAGGGGAGGGGGAAUGGAAUUAAAAUUUUAAACAUUGGAAGAGUAUAUGUUAUUUCUUUUUAAUUCUGUAAGUGCCUUUGUUUCAGAAAUGUUUUGUGAAAUUAAAUACAGUAGAAUAUUCUGUUGUACUGAACUUACUAGAUAAUCACUGUUGAUUUUAUUACAUACUCUAACCUAGCUUUGUAUGUUGUUUGUAGUUUAAAUGUGAGUAUUCAAAGAAAUGGCAUAAACUCUAUGCACCUUUGUAAUAAAUGCAGUGUUUGAAGUAUA